UAUUAAAUUUAAUUAAAUUUUUCAAUAAAGUAAAAUAUUAUUAAGUAAUAAAAAAAAUAAUGGCUAGCACUGCAGCUACUGCUAGAAUUCAGCCGAAAAAGCAAACUUUAGAUGAUGCUUACGCUCCCCCGGCUAAUUUUCUCGAAAUUGACGUAAUAAAUCCGGAAACCCACGGAUUGGGUAAGAAGAGGUACACGGAUUAUGAAAUUCGUAUGAAGACUAAUUUGCCAGUUUUUAAAAUCAAAGAAUCGUCUGUCCGUCGAAGGUACAGUGAUUUCGAUUGGCUGGCUGCUGAGCUUGAAAGAGACAGCAAGAUUGUGGUACCUAUGCUACCGGGAAAGGCCUGGGGCCGACAGCUACCUUUCAGAUCUGAUGACGGUUUGUUUGACGAGGAAUUCAUCGAGGAACGUAGGAAAGGACUAGAGAUUUUUAUCAACAAGGUAGCAGGUCACCCACUAGCACAGAACGAGAAAUGCCUACACAUGUUCCUACUGGAGCCGACUAUUGAUAAAAAUUACAUCCCCGGAAAGGUGCGCACUACGUAAAACAAUUUUGAGGAGAGAGAGGGAGAGGGAGAGUUUUGUAAAAUAGUAAAUGUGUGUAAUGUUUGUGGAGAAAAAUGUAAAGAAAAUUGGCUAAGUGAUAUGUAAAUGAAUUUGCUACUUUGAGUGUAAAGUUUAAAUUGUACAUUACCUACAAUAUCGAAUUCUACAAAUUAAAAUGUCUUGUUAAGUGUGCAAUUUUGUAAAGUUGUAAAUGUGCUAAUCUGGAAAUUGUAAUUUUUAAACUAUGUAAAGCAACGAAUGAAUUAUACAUGCACGCAUGCAUGUGUAUAAAUGAAUGGGAUGACUAUGUUUGUAUGUGACUGGGCAUGUAUAUGUAGCAUUGCAUAUGUCUCUGUAUGUAGGAGUGUAUGUGUAAUUGUAUGUAUCUGUGUCUCUCUCUCUGUGUGUGUGUGUGUGUGGGCGUGUGUGUCACUACCAUUUAAAUUCUGAUGCUUGAAAAGGGAUAUUUAUACUAAAAUAAAUUUGUAGAAUGCUAUAACUUUAUAAUUGUUGUCAUUAUUGUAUUGUAUGCUUAUAUUGUCAUAUAUAUAUAUAUUUAUAUUUAUGUAUAUGUAUAGUACCAUAUUGAAAUUAUUUUUAAAUUAUUUUUCAAGUUAACUGUGCUAUUGUUGUUAAUUCAUAAUUAUCGUUAUUGCUAACAAUAAUAUUAUCUUAUUGUAAAUAUAUAUAUAUAUAUGUAUAUAUAUAUAUAUAUAUAUAUACAUGUACACAUGCAUUAUAUCUUUGUCUGCAUUUGGAAAUGAAUAUAGCACACUGAGAAGAUACAA